AUGCAUACUCUGAUCACCUGUUUUUCACUCUUCCCGAACCUACAGAAUCCGCCAGCAAUCUUAGAACAUCUCACUCGAGCAUCAUCCCUUCGUUGCGGUUCCUCCAACACCAACAUAGCCGCCAUCAGUGGAAGUGUUAGUCAAGUCAAUAUCGUGUCGGUCAAUCACCAGGAUCCCUUGUCCCCAUCCUCUCCCUCUGAUGAGGCAGCUAAAAUGAUUAAUGCUUCCUCGGUGACCUCAGCCGAUGGUUUGGGCCCGCUGAAACCAGCAAGUCCUAUUGCAGCCACUGUCGCGCCGAGCAAAAGACUUGGUGUUUCAGCUGAACCUACCCUGGCAAUGCAGGAGUCCGCUCCUGUAGAAAUUAAGUAUUAUGACAAGGAUGCAAAAUCGCGUCAGGAGAUUCGAAAUGCCCUUCGCAACAACGAGUUCUUGAAAAAUCUCGAUGCAGUCCAAUUGCAGGAGAUUGUGUCCUGCAUGUACGAGCAUAGUAUUGUUGAAGGUUGCUACAUCAUUCGAGAAGGCGAAGACGGUCACCACCUUUAUGUAGCAGCUGAGGGUGAAUAUGAGGUGUGGAAGAACGGCAAAUACCUCUACACAAUGGGUCCUGGCCACUGCUUUGGUGAAUUGGCUCUACUCUAUAACUGCAAACGAACCGCUUCUAUUAAAGUUGUUCGAGCGGCUAGAAUAUGGGUGCUGGAACGCAGCAUUUUCCAGUACAUUAUGAUGAAAACUGGUUUGGAGAAGAUGGAGGAGCGUGUCAAAUUCCUUUCUAGUGUUCCUCUGUUGAAGGAUCUUGAGCAAGGUCAACUUCAAAGAAUUGCCGACGUCCUUGAGGCUCAAUUCCAUCCUGAAGGCGAGUGUAUCAUUCGACAGGGCGAACAGGCUGACAGCUUCUUUAUCAUCCAAUCUGGAGAG